CACACACGGAUCCCUUCGACCUGACCAACGCGCGGGUGCGAAACCCAAACUAGGAGCCAUGCAGCUCGUCCCUUACAUUGUUGUAUGUCUGUCGGUAGCCUUUCUCCUCCCGUCGUACGCCACGGCGACGGCGACGGCUGGCACGCUAGAGCGGGAGACCAAACAGCAGAUCCUGGCGAGCAUCCCGCCGCACUGGCAGGAGAACCCCGUGCUGUUCCUGACCUCGCCGUCGGGCAAGUACGCGGCGUACUUCAUGCGCAGCCAAACCACGCCUGGCGCCGGCGGCCUCGGCGCUGACUUCUGCUACGUGGAGGUGCUGGACACGACCACGCCCGGCCCGGAGGGCCGGAGCGUGUGGGAGUCAGAGUGCCUGGCCGUGAGCACAGUGAACACGUGCGCGCUGGUGUUCUCGUGGAACGGGCUGGAGGUGUUCGACGGGAGCACCUCGGUGUGGCACACCCACGACACGCAGUCCGACGACCACAACUUCCUGGAGACGCUGCAGCUGGUGGACGAGGGCGACAUGCGCAUCCUCGACAAGGGCGGCGAGCUGGCGUGGAAGGCCAGCGACGAGCCGCGCGCGGCGCAGCACUGCGGGAUGCCCGGAUCGCCCGGCCUGGCCGCCGCGCUGCCCCCGUUCGCGGAGCCGAUUGGGCACGGCAGCAGCAACCUGCCGUUUGGAGAAGAAGGCGGCCGCGGCAACGGCGUUGGCGGCGUGGCGCAGCCCGAGCUGCCCCUGGCGCCGUUGCCGCAGGAAGCUGAUCAGUUCGGUGGUGCCGCGGCACAGGGUCAGGCCGUGGAGGGCGUGGGGCAGACGUUCGGGUUCGGCAGCCAGCCACUGGUGGACAAUAGCCCGUACGACAGUGGGGCACUGAAGCACGGAUGCAGCUUCGUUGGAAUCGCUGUUGCUUUGGGUCUCAGCGUUGCCAUCGCCAUGGGUCAGGGUCUCUGAAUUUGAGACAUGCGCGCGUGAAAAUGGUUGUGAUUUACUAAAUUCUUGUUGUUUCUGGCACAAGAAGCCGGGAGAUGUAUUCGUUUGUGUUUGGGGUGGUGUUUUUGCUGAUGUCAAUGGGGGUGCUGUCGUUGUAUCUGGAAUUGCAAACUGUAUUCGCUUCGG